AUGCCUGGUGACAGUUCUCCAAGAAAUUUAAGGAAAUUUGUAAAUCUAAAUGGGCAAAACAGUGUUGGGAGCGCAGGUGACCUUCGAGCUUGUUUGUCGUUCAAGGCUUCGAGCCAACCUGGAACUAGCCCCAUCAAGCGCAGAAUGACCUUCGAGUCGAAUGGACCAACUCUUACACUGAAUAAUGAGCCGCCUAUGACUCGUGAAGAUCCUAUUGUAAUUGUUGAACAAUAUGGUCAAUUGAAUACUAAAUGGGCAGAAUGGAUUCAUAGAAAUCUAUUCUUUUAUUUCUUUUGUAGAAGCUGGCAUGCUUUUUUUCAUUCAUUCUAUUUUACAAGAAUCGUUAAUUAUGCAUUUUAUGAUUCGAUUCCUAAUCUUGGCUAUAUUUCAGAAGCUGCUACCUCACCACUUGUUCACCAGCUACAAUUAAACAUUGUUCCAAAAACAGAGGUGGUAUGGCUUUCAUCUCCUUCGUUUCACUAUGACUACACUGCCAUUGAUAACGGAUUGCCAUUCCCGUUUAAACAUCCUGAUCAAUGGCGUUUCUGCCCAUAUGAUGCUAAUGAGAUGUUUUCUAAACAGGUAACAGUACUAAAAGAACAAGGUUACAAUAUCGCGGAAAUACUCAAAAAACAUGAUAAAGGUCCUUUGGCUCUUUGCGCAAGUCACAAUUUAAUGGUAUGGAAUAUGAUCGAAUCUAUUGAAGUACCAGAAGAACCUGAUCAUAUGGAAAGUGGCAAUGACAAUAACAAUUACCAGUCAAAUAAUAUCGAGAUUGAUGGUGCUAGAAAUUCAUUACAAAAUCUUGAUUAUGGAGAGGCUCCUAGUAGCUGCUUAAGUACUUUCUGGUGA